AUGCUCAAGGUGAUCUACAAUAGCGGGUACAGCCGCAUCCCAGUGUGGAAGAAGGACCCGAAUGACGUCGUGGGCAUUGUCUUUACCAAAGACUUGAUCUACGUGGAUCCGAAUGAAAACGUGCCACUCAUCGCCUUUGCCCGCGUCUUCGCGGUGGCAGCACAUCGCAUCUGGCUGGACGCCGAGUUGGGCGAAGUCCUCAGUGUCUUCAAAAUGGGCAGUACCCACAUGGCACUCGUCUACGAUGUCAACAACUGGGGUUUGAGUGAUCCGUUCUACGAACUCAUGGGCUUCGUGACACUCGAGGAUAUAGUCGAAGAAAUUCUGCAGUCCAAGAUCAUGGACGAAACCGACUCGCCAAAGGCCAAGAAGGAGCGCCAGAACUGCACGGACCAGAUCGGGUUUUCUGACAGGGAAUACUCGGAUGAAGACGCACUACUACUUGCAGAGACCCAACCGACCUUCGGCACCGCACUUUGA